AUGUCAAGAAUCCACUUGUCAGGAGUAGCUACGAGUCAAAGAUAUACGUACAGCUUCUGUGAGGAGUGGCAUUUAGCUAUCGACAGGAUCCAUGAUAAAGUAGCAUCUGAAGGGAUCAACAGCUUUUUAACCGCAGUUCAUGGAAUAGUUGCCCAGCAUGAUGAGGAGCAUAAGCAGAAGAAGAGAGCAGACUCAAUGUUGAAGGAAUUUGAGAAGAAAGCAGCUUCACUGAGAGCGUUGGUGAGUAUGUAUAGUCCAUACUCUGUGCCUGAGAGCAGGAAGAAGAAUCCUGUGAUUGAGAAGAGAUCAAAGGUUGAGUUCUUGAAAGUGAAAGCAGAAGAAGAGAAGAGUAAGCAUGAGAAGGCGGUGAGUGUGACUAGAGCCAUGACUUUGAAUAAUUUUCAGAUGGGUUUCCCUCAUGUGUUUCAGGCAAUGGUUGGGUUUUCAAGUGUGUGUAUGCAAGCGUUUGAGUCUGUAUACAAUCAAGCUAAGUGCAUUGGUGAGGAGGAGCAAGAGGAGGUCAAGAGGUUGCUUCCUUAG